GAAACCCAAGGCCUGGCACUUGCUAGGCAGGCACUCCACCACUGGUCUACUGGUCUAAGUCCUUAGCCACUGCAAACUAUUUCUGAAAUUGAUCCCUGAGCCCUAAGCCCUGAAGGUGACUCACCUGGGAGGCAAAAUUCAGGUUCUAAAAUUAUGUCUGAACUUUUACUUCUAGGUUUUCUUAUAAUUUAGAAGAGCAUUUUAUUUUCUCUGUGCGAUUAAAGAAAUAAAAUGUUCUCCAAGACGUUCUGAGUAAUCAUUGCCUACUUCACACCUCGCUGGUCCGAGUUUACUGACCACAGAGAAGAAAACCUCCAGCGUCCUAGAGAGCACCAACCUUUUGGGUGCAAGUGGGCCGAGUUGGGCCUUUCUAGCAUGGCAGCUGGUCUUCUCAGUCUCCUGGAAUCAAGACCAUCGUUGUAAGCAAAGCAUUAACCUUGAAAGAUGAGUUUGUAAGAAUGGGCCCAGAGGUCUCUAACGUGCACACUAAGGAUUCUUUACAGAUUUCUGUGAAUCAAGUCUCUCAGUACGAAGAUCAGUUAGAAAACUACAAAGGCAGGCCCACAGAGAGCAGACGGCAUAAAUGCAAUGAAUGUGGGAAAGCAUUUACCCAGAAUUCAGUUCUUGUUCGACAUCAGAGAAUUCACACUGGAGAAAAACCCUAUGAGUGUGACCAUUGUGGAAAAACCUUCAGUGCACGUUCAACCCUCACUGUGCAUGAAAGAGUCCACACUGGGGAGAAACCCUACACCUGUGACAAGUGUAAGAAAAGCUUUAGUGUAAAAGGACACCUGAUUAUACAUCAGAGAGUUCACAACGGAGAGAAGCCGUAUGACUGCAGUGAGUGUGGGAAAGCGUUCAGUGUGCGCUCAGACCUUACCAAACAUCAGAGAGUACACACAGGUGAGAAGCCAUUUGGGUGUGAUGAGUGUGGGAAAACUUUCAGUGUGCGCUCAGACCUUACCAAACAUCAGCGAUUACACACAGGUGAGAAGCCAUUUGGGUGUGAUGAGUGUGGGAAAACUUUCAGUGUGAGCUCAGCCCUCAUCAAACACCAGAGAAUCCAUACAGGAGAGAAGCCAUAUAAGUGUAAGGAGUGUGACAAAGCCUUCAAUGUGAACUCAGCCCUUACUAAUCACCAGAGAAUUCACUCUGGAGAAAAACCGUAUGAGUGUGGAGAAUGUGGGAAGUCAUUCAGUCAAAUUCAAACUCUCAUUCAUCACCAGAGAAUCCACACUGGAGAAAAACCCUAUGAGUGUGAGGAGUGUGGGAAAGCUUUCCGAAGAUGCUCGAAUCUUACCAAACACCAGAAAGUACAUGCCAAAAGAAAAUAUCAGCAGUGAUAUGUGUGGUGAAGGUAUUCUAGAGGCCUUUGGUUGCAUCAAGGGUUAUAGCAAAAGCAAUUCAUCAUAUGUCGCCAUUGAAGUACUGAAGAAAGAAGUCCAUCAUUGUACCCAAGCCUCUGAAGUCACCUUUCCUCUCUCUCUCUUUAGAAUUCAGCUUCACAACUCAUAAGGUUUUGGGUUUUGUGUGUGUGUGUGUGUGUGUGUUAUUGUUGUUUAAUGUAAAUCAUAUUCCAGGGGCCAGGAAGAUGACGCACUCAGUAAAAGCACUUAAGUUUAGAUCUUCAUAGCCCACAUAAGAAAGCCAGAUUCAGGUGUAGCCAGCAUCUGUAAUGCCAGCAUUCCUGUAUUAAGAAGACAACUGCAGAAGAAUUGCUCUAUGCAGAAGCUCCAGCACCUGGAAUAUGCAGCCCAACUACAGAAAGAAGAAACCUUCCCUCAAAUAAGGUGGAGGACCUAAAAGUUGUCAUGGCAAGUACAGUGGCUUACCAUGCUCACACUCAUACAUCAUACAAGUCACACUCCAUAAUUGUUGUUAGUUUAAUAAAAGUGAACAGUUUAAGUAUUUGCCUUGAGCUAGAGAAAUAUGUAGCAAAUAAAGGAGCUCGCUACCAAGCUGAUGACCUUAGUCUAAUUCUAGAACCCACAUGGUGGAAGGAGAGAACUGACUUCUGCAAGUUGUCUUCUGACAUUCAUGAGUGCAAUAGCAUAUGUGCACAUACAUUCAUACACAAAAUAAAAAUUUUAAAUAUU